AAUAAUGAGAUUAAUAAUAUUAAACAAAUUGUUCAACAAGAUAUUAAUAUGACUAAUUCUAAUGAAACAAAUACUCAAAGCAAUAUUUCUAUUAUUACUAAUCCUAAUGAAACAAAUACUCAAAACAAUAUUUCUAUUAAUGUUUUAUCUAUUAAUGAUGAAACAUAUAAUUCUAAUAAUAAUGAAGAUAA